GUCAGUCUGGGGGAGCCUGAGCAGGCGCCGGCCGCUGGGAGCGGAGCGCCGGAUCCUCCGGCGGCGGGAGCGCGGGCCGUAGCCGCUGAGGUCAACAAGCAGCUACCAGUGAAAGACAGUGACUGUUUACAAGACAGCAGACAGUGGGGAGGACAACCAUAUGUUCCCACAGAAAGCCCCCAUUACCUAAAUGGACAGGAUCCUUGUCAAGAAAGGAGCCACACACAGCAGGCAGCAAUGAACAUAGUCAAACUUCCCCACCCCAUGCUCAAGGCCCAUUUCCCAGACUGAUAAUGGUCUUCAGUUGCCAAAGAAGGUUGUGGAUGCCAAGCGAAAGGUAACCAGUUUCUCCAGUGUAGUUGGAUGUCUCUAGCAGCCCAUCUUGAUUGACUGUAGACAUGGCAGAACUCGCUAACUACAAGGAUGCUGCCUCCAACCGCCACCUGCGAUUUAAGUUACAGAGCCUGAGCCGCCGCCUUGAUGAGUUAGAGGAAGCUACAAAAAACCUCCAGAAAGCUGAGGAUGAGCUCCUGGACCUCCAGGACAAGGUGAUCCAGGCAGAGGGCAGCAACUCCAGCAUGCUGGCUGAGAUAGAGGUGCUGCGCCAGCGGGUACUGAAGAUUGAAGGUAAAGAUGAGGAAAUUAAGAGAGCAGAGGACCUAUGUCAUAUGAUGAAGGAGAAACUUGAAGAGGAAGAAAACCUUACCCGAGAGCUAAAAUCUGAAAUUGAGCGGCUUCAGAAACGAAUGGUUGAUUUAGAGAAGUUAGAGGAGGCUUUGAGCAGGAGUAAGAACGAAUGUUCCCAGCUUUGUUUGAGCCUCAAUGAAGAGAGAAAUCUGACCAAGAAAAUCUCUUCUGAGUUGGAAAUGCUCAGAGUCAAAGUGAAAGAACUAGAAUCUUCGGAGGACCGCUUAGAUAAAACUGAGCAGAGUUUAGUAUCAGAAUUAGAAAAGCUAAAAUCAUUAACCCUGAGCUUUGUAAAUGAGAGAAAAUACUUGAAUGAAAAGGAGAAAGAAAAUGAGAAAUUAAUAAAAGAGCUUACUCAAAAACUGGAGCAGAACAAGAAAAUGAACCGAGACCACAUGAGAAACGCUUCCACUUUUCUGGAAAGGAAUGACCUACGGAUAGAAGACGGCAUUUCCUCUACACUGUCAUCCAAAGAGUCAAAAAGGAAGGGCAGUCUAGACUACCUAAAGCAGGUCGAGAAUGAAACUAGAGACAAAUCAGAAAAUGAAAAGAACCGGAAUCAGGAAGACAACAAAGUCAAAGACCUUAACCAGGAGAUUGAGAAACUUAAGACACAAAUCAAACAUUUUGAAUCUUUGGAAGAGGAGCUUAAGAAAAUGAGGGCUAAAAACAAUGACCUUCAGGAUAAUUACCUAACUGAACUGAAUAGAAACAGAAGCUUAGCUAGCCAGCUAGAGGAGAUAAAGCUUCAAGUCAGGAAACAAAAAGAGUUAGGAAAUGGGGACAUAGAAGGUGAAGAUGCUUUUCUUUUGGGCAGAGGCAGGCAUGAGAGGACUAAGUUCAAAGGCCAUGGGAGUGAGGCCUCUGUGUCCAAGCAUACAUCACGGGAACUGUCUCCCCAACAUAAGCGGGAAAGGCUCCGGAACAGGGAGUUUGCUCUCAGUAAUGAACACUAUUCUCUAAGCAGCAAACAGGCUUCUUCUCCUGUUUUCACAAACAAAAGGGCAGCAAAAGCCUCCAACAUGGGGGUUGGUACAGACAGUGGGACUCAGGAGACAAAGAGAACUGAAGACCGAUUUGCACCUGGGUCCUCUCAUAGUGAAGGGAAAAGAGGUAGGGAGCAGCCAUCAGUGCUUAGCCGUUACCCCCCUGCUGCCCAGGAGCACACUAAAGUUUGGAAAGGAGCUCCCAAGCCAGGCACUGAGAGUGGACUUAAGGGAAAAGUUGAGAAGACAACGCGAACAUUUAGUGAUUCUACUCAUGGAUCUGGGCCCAAUGAUAUAGUAGGGAGAGGUGAUAAGACUUCUGACCUUUCCUCUGAGGCACACUGUGGGAAGAGAGGACAGGUACCUGGCCAUGCAAGUCAGGGAACACAGGCUGUAGAGUCUAGCUGCUCUAAGGCCAUCGGAGCUCUCUCCUCAUCUCAAAGAGCCUCCUCAGAAGGACUUUCUAAGGGCAAAAAGGCUGCCAAUGGCCUAGAGGCUGAUGCCAAUUUUUCAAAUUCUAAAGCUCCUAUUUUACCAAAAUAUCCUUAUAGUUCAAGAAGCCAAGAAAAUAUCCUUCAGGGCUUUUCAUUGCCAAAUAAAGAAGGAGUUGAUCAGUCUGUAGCAGUUGUGAUGGAAGACAGCAGUCAGCAUGAAGCCCUGAGGUGCCGUGUCAUCAAAUCCAGUGGCAGAGAGAAGCCAGACUCAGAUGAUGACCUGGACAUAGAGUCUUUUGUUACUGCCAAGUUGGUGAACACAACUAUCACUCCAGAGCCAGAGCCCAAACCACAGCCAAACUCAAGAGAAAAGGUUAAGUCCAGAGGGGGAACUAGAACUGCCCUAUUUGAAAAUGAUAAAAAUGCUGCAAUAGAAAAUGACUCUGUGAAACCUACCAGGCCUUCCUCCAAUGCUAUAGAAUUCCCAGAUGCCAACUGUGCUGGGGUGAAAAAUCAAAGGCCCUUCAGCCCUAGAGAGGCCCUGCGGUCUAGAGCAAUUAUAAAACCCGUCAUCAUUGAUAAAGAUGUGAAAAAAAUCAUGGGUGGAUCUGGAACUGAGGUUGUAUUGGAGAAGCAGAAAUCCACCUCUAAAUCUGUGACAAGCAAAGUGACAAGCAGCAUUACCAUCUACCCCUCUGACAGUAGUGGGCCUAGAGCCGUCCCAAGCGAGGCUCCAAGGGAGAGGCAUACAUCCACCAGCAACAUCCAGGUGGGGCCCCCAGAGCUCACAGCAGUUAGCAACCAUGUCAGCUCCCCUCUUGAGCUCUCUAUUCAUAAACAUGACAUCACUUUACAGCUCACAGAAGCUGAAAGAGUGGGAGAUGGGUCUCCAAAGAAUAGAGCAGAGACAGUGGUCUCUCGGAGCAGCAUUCUAAUCAAGCCAUCAGAGUCUGUGGAGAGGAAUAGUCAUAUGCCCCCAGCCGAGACAAUCAGGUGGAAAAGCCAUAGUGCCUCUUCAGAGGUAGCCUCUUCAGACACCAGACACAUCACAGUGCGGAAUGCCUGGAAGAGUAAGAGAGACUUGAAAUGUUCAGAAGAUCCCCCAACUCGAAUAGGUAGAAACAUGGAAGCUACUAACGCCUAUACACAGAGGUCUUCCACAGACUUCUUAGAACUUGAACAGCCCAGGUCACACCCAUCUGAACAGGGCGCUCGAAAAGUAGGGAAUUCAGGGGAUGCUCCUGAGCUCUCCUCGAGGAGGACCCAAAGUAGCCUCACUGCAUCAGAGGUACUCACCCGGAGGAAUCGGAUGGGAGACGCUAUCACUGCUGCCUCCUGGAACCACUCAUCAAGCAUGGAGGAAGGGGAGGACAGCACAUUUGUUACCAGCAGGCGAAUACACAACCCGCUGGAGCAUUCUGAACUGCCUGGGAAGCAGGGACUGCCAGAGCCUGAGCGAGUUUGGACUGAGGAGCGGCUACAUCCAGCAAAGCCUUAUGCUGAGGAAGACUGAGCCAGCUAGGUGAAGUCUGCUGCUUCUUCUCUCCUCCUGCUUCUCAGCUCCUCCCCAAUCCUGGCCUGUGAAGGACCCAAGGCCAGUUAACCAGGCUAAACACAAAGGCCUUGGCUGGGAGACUGUAGAGAGCCAGGCUAUGGCUCAGGUAACUUUUGCCAGUUGUCCAGAUAGGAUCAGAGACUACAAACCAGUCACUCAGGCCCAGCUUUCCCUGAUGCAUGAGUAGUCCUCUCUCCUAUCUCUGUCCCCAAGGUAGCAUGGACCAUUCUUUGACCCCUAAAUGGGAAGCUACAGAAACCCACUACCAUAUAGAGGUAGCCAAAAGCCCUCGCCUCUGCUCCAUGGUAUAAGCAGCUUGUAUAUCAAAGCCCAGUCCCAUUUGCUCUGUGUUUGAUGCCCUGAUUGUCUCCUCAUCAUAUCCAGUUGGCUUUUUCUUUGCUGUAAGAGACACCUCUACCCCCACCAAGAACACACUAAGAAUUAUCAGCCAUCAUUUCCAUCUUAAGAGGCUUACAUUCCUUUGUCUUUGAAUUCCUGAGAAUUUGGAAACCGAAAAAAGGGUCUGCUGCCCCUAAGUAAUUAUGGGACCAUCCUUAUGUUGAAGCUUCCCUGACCUGACUUUUGGAUAACCAGUUUCAUGGAGGCUGAGCCGGAUACCAAAUGGAAUGACAUCAUCCUCUGACGCCAGCUUUCAGCUCACCUUCCAAAGGCAUCAGAAACAGACAGAUCUUGUACAUUUCCUUUCCUGGGCACCAACACUGCUACUGGUAUCACCUUUCCUCUCUGGGGGCUGGAAACUUCAGCUGACUUCAUCAUUCUCCUCUUAGGAAAAUCCCUACACUGAGUAGACAGACCCGGCACAGUCUGCCUUUUAGGAAGUGCCCAGCAAACGGGAAAGCAAACAAGAAUUCCUCUAGUCACUCCACAGGCAAUAGCUCCAUGAAAGGCAUGGACGGGCUGUUUCCCUCCCUUUGCUCCUCCAUCCCAUGGAGGAGACCUUGCACUUUACCAUGCUGACUGCUGAUGCAAAGGCAAGCCCUCGGCAUCUACGAGUAGACCAUUUCAGAGAUUUCAUUGGAGGAAAGUCAAUAUCUGCCUGUUGAGGGCCUCGGAUUUAUGCAGUUCAAAGUGCUUUAAGCCUUUUAGGAAGGCAGAUAAACUUUUAUCUCCUUAUGCUGAUACUGACUGACCACAUGGGGGAGUUAAAAACUGCUUGCUUGUCACUGAAUUUUCUGAAGCAUUGUUUCAAUUCAAAGGGAUCCUCUUUGUGAAGUAGACGUCAUUGCCUUAUCACUAGACUAGGAAUUUGGAAAGCCACUUUUCCCCAUCCCUCCUGGCUUUGUCAUUCCUUGCUCUGUGAUCUUUGGCAAGUCUUCUUGAAGCCUCAGUUUUCCCUAUCUUUAAAAUGAGUUCUUUGUUGGUUCAUUGGUUGCGUGCAUGUGUAUCCACAUGUCACCUGCAGACGCAUGCUGGGGAUUGAGCAUAGGACCUAGUGUGCAAGGCAGGUGUCCUGCCACUGCUGCUUCCCAGCUCAGAGUGAGUUCUAUGGAGUGGAUGACCUCUAAGGCCUUCAACUUUGGUGUUCUACACUUGUUUUACCCUUCAGCGUGAGCUGACUCUUGGUUUUGGAAGGUGAUGUCCACAUGAGUCUGGGGAACAUCUUUCUGCCUUCAGUGGUUUCUGGGUCUUUUUUCUCUUUUCCUCAUGUUUCUGUCAUGGGGAUGAGUCUGUAAGGCCUGUUUUCAGUAUGAGGUAAAGGGAUUGGAUUGGGUGGUCUCAGGUUUAUGUGGCUCUUGCCCAGUGCCACAUUUCCUGGCUUUCAAGCUAGGUGCUUUUUAUAACGUAAGUCUUGUUUGAUUCCUGUUCCCGUGCCUUUCCUGUGAAUUUCCUGGCCACAGGGAAGACACAGGACAUCCUCAGGAGGACUGAGUAGUCUCCCUUCACCCUUCUUAGCACACACACACACACACACACACACACACACACACACACUGGCACUUACCUGCCCUUGUCUGCAUCAGACUCAGCCAUCCUGCCAGGGUGUGGGGAGAUCUACCGUGUUUUGUUUGUUUGCUUCCCCCAGCCCCUAAGGGACAGGAAUAACUAGCACUUCUGUUUUAAUGGAGUUUUGCUAACCUGAAGGCAUUGCCAUGUGUCUUGCCUCCACAUCCCAACUUGAUAGACAACUAAGAUAGUGUUUUCAAGAUCUGUUCCUGCUGCUGCUUUUGGGUUACUGGCCAGAAACUCCUUAAUUCAAGGCUGCAACCUCUCAUUUGCAGUGCCCCCUGACACUCUCCUGUACCAAUUGGCAGCCCUGAGAGUUAAAAGGAAACAGACCCCUGUGGUGGUCCACUGAAGAGUAUAGGAAAUUAAGUCUGUGGCUCUUCUCUGCUGAUAAAAACAGAGGGGCACAAGCCCUGCCUCAAAAGAUCUCAUCAAUAAUUUUUGUCUUUGGGUGUUGAGCCCUGGAUUCUUCUGGUGCUUUAGCUCCUGGUGCCAAAGUCUGGAUCUUUCCACAUUUUAGUAGCACCAACACCUGCUGCUAUUUGAAAUGUUCCGUGGAAAAGGGACAGCUGUGGGCUGCCAUUUUGAAAAUCUGAGUGCAAUAGCAUUUGAUUGUAACAAUUAUUUCAGGAUAUUUUGUUUCUUUUAGUCUGCACACUUUGUAGUCCUGCCAUAAGGUAGAUUUUAUUUUUAAGUAUCUUAAGCAUUGCAAACGUCUAUACCAAGCAAAUGGAGGCUAGAGGGUUGAAGUCCCCUUGGGCCUCAUAUGGAUGGCUAGACUGGCUCUGAUUCCAAGGUCGAAAGACACAUCACUUCUGAAAACACCAAGAUUAACCUUUGGGCCCAAGCCAGAAGCUGCAGGAAGCCUCCACACAGAACGGAGACUGGUAUUCAAACCAUUGUCUAAUCAAGCCAAAUAUUCCCCACUAAGAGACCCACUUUUCUGACAGUGCUUCUCGACAGUUUGGGUUGAUGGCUAAAUUGAGCCAGCAGGUCAGGAGUUUAUGAGAGUUCUGAGUACAGGAACCUGGUCCUGGAUAUGCUUGGUUGGAGGAUGAAGAGCUGGCUACAUGCCAGGAACUGCUAUCUUCCACCUGCUGCUGUUACCAGCUACUCUGGUAUUGAAACAAUCAGAAAAGGCUGCAGGGUGGCAGGCAAGGAAGCUAAGCCAACUCUGAGGCAGUGAGACAGUUCAAAUGAGUUGAAGAGAUCUGUGUGGGGCCAAGGCUACAGGCAAGCUUGCACACCAGCCAUCCCUCUCAGGUGGCAGGGGCUGGUGCCUAGAGCAAUAGUGGCUUUCUUGUCCUGGGCUGUGUUAGUUGUUUCGAUUUAAUGGGUCAGUAAAGGAACAGGGACUCAGAGGCUGGCCCAUGGCUGCCUUUGUUGGCAUGGGUUUCUAUUCUGACAAAGAAUGCUUUGUAAGAGCUGCUUUUUAGGGAUUAUCUUUUAAACACCCUGAAUGGGGAACAGGGUUCUCCUCAACCACCUCAACCAGAGUCAUAGGAAAGAGGUCCUAUUUUCCUGCUGCUUCACAGCUCAGAACAUGUAUUGAAUGGAAUGUAUUUUUAAGAGAAUAAAGUCUAUUUUUUUGUAUUUUAAAGAUUGAGAGGGCUAGAAUGAUAGAUAGCCCUUAAAUAAACUUACGCAUGAUAGGUCCUUCGCUAGGGCCUCAGCUGUUGGUCUACACCUGCCCAGGCAGGUGGCUCUGGCUUCACCUCUGCCCCUUGGAGUCUAGGUGCAGCAGCUUCUACAUUCCUGCUCCAAGCACGGGACCAGAGAGGCCAGAACCUGCCUCUGGAAAGCAGGGCACAGCCACAGGCAGUGGGCUCAGGGCUCCUUGGGUGCAUGUGUAUAGUUGAAGCUGCCUGUCUGCAUGUAUCCUUUGGCUGUAAUGCUCUCUGUUGGCUCUGCAGCACAAUAUUGUAACCAAUAAAGCUCCCUUGUUUCUAUAUGCUCCUUUGCGUCAGAGAUGCCAAUUUUGUCUAUAUAAUUUCUGGAAACAGCUGUUAUCUCUGAAUUGGUACUGCUGGUGUAGCAUUUCACAAAUUUAGGCAAAAUACAGAGUUUAAACUAACAGCUAACUCUUUGCUCUAUUUUCUUUUUAGGUCUAUCUGUUAUCAAAGAGAAUUUCUCUGAAAUUAAAUGCCUUAAAUCCCAACAGAGUUUUAGGACAGCCAGGUCUACACAGUGAGACCUUGUCUUAAAAGCAUCUGCCAUUUACUGCACCAGAAAUCACCUUUCCAUCUCUAACAUCAUUUUUCUACUGCUGGCACUCGGGGAGACUUGGAUAAAAGCCCCCACUCCAUUUUCAUCAUCUAACCGAACCCAGUAUAAUGUUCCUUAAUUCAGCUUCAUUUAGAGCUUAGGUAUAGUGAUGCAGACCAAUAAUCCCAGUACACCGAGACAAAAAGACCUUGAGUUCAAGGCCAUCCUGAGUAUACACAGACACACACCCACACCUUCUAUAGCAGUGAAGACUUUACAGAUACUAUAUUUAGAGAUGGGGAGGUUAUAUUGGGGGUAUAGGUACUAUUAUAGUAGCUAUAAAGGAGACAGUUCAAUUACAAGGUGCUCUAAUGAUUACCAGUACAUGAGAAUUGCAAAGAAACAUUCCCAUGUAACCUUUCAUUUAAUAGACUGCCAUUAAGAACUAUAGUGGGGGGGCUGGUGAGAUGG